AUGGCAACAGGUCGGAUGGACCAAGUCGGACACUCGGAGCAGCCUCGGGACCGUGUCACUUGCUGCACGCCUCGUUUCGAAACUCGCACGGCGCAAUUAAACGGAUUCCGGCCCCCAAGCAAGGAGACGCGACCUGCAGGCCCUCGGCACUCGACAGCCGCGUCGAAAGCGAUCGGAGACCAUUGUAGCUGCAUUGCGACCGCGCCGAGCACGCGCGCAAGAGAACAAUUGCUCUUUCCAAAAGAUUUCCGCGGCCAUCGGAGCCAAUUAGGUAAGGCAGAAUUCGGCCCUUUCCUCCCCGCGAUCUCGACGGCUUCAAGUGCUGCUUUUGUUCCUGCUACCCCAACCAUGUCCGAUUCCCUUGUGCCGGAGACCAGAGUACUGGCGGUCGCCAGCCAGGUCGUCUAUGGCCAUGUGGGCAAUUCAAUGGCGACAUAUGCCAUGCAGUCCCUCGGAUGCGAGGUCGCUGCGUUGAACACAGUGCAUUUCAGCAACCAUACCGGCUACCGGCAGUUCAAAGGCACGCGCGCAACCGCACAGGAGAUUACAGACUUGUACCAGGGCCUAUGCCAGAGUAACCUCACAGACUUUGACGUCAUGCUGUCCGGGUAUGCUCCCAGCGCUGCGGCCGUGGACGCAGUUGGCGCGAUUGGGAUGGAUCUGAAGAAGAAAGCGGAGAAAAAUCCGGGCUCUUUCUUCUGGGUGCUGGACCCGGUGAUGGGUGACCAGGGUAGACUAUACGUCAAUGACGAUGUCGUUCCGGCAUAUAAAAAAGUCAUCCAUCAUGCAGAUCUGAUUCUGCCCAACCAAUUUGAAGCCGAAGUCCUCUCCGGCAUCAAAAUCACCUCCCUCGCCACGCUGGCGGAGGCCAUCACCGCAAUCCACCGAAUCUACUCAGUCCCUCACGUCAUCAUCACUUCUAUGCAGCUAUCCAACCUAUCUCAAUCUGGGUCCACCCCUAGUCCGCCGGAGAAUUUCUUGACCGUCAUUGGAUCAACUACCCAGAGCAAUGGGUCUCCACGCCUAUUCCGUAUUGAUGUUCCGGCACUGGAUUGCUUUUUCAGCGGCACUGGUGACAUGUUCGCUGCACUGAUGGUUGCCCGCCUGCGAGAAGCUGUUGCAGCGGCGGGCGAAUGUCUCCAGUCCACUGCAUCUUGGGUGUCGCCCGAUAAUGUGGUAGCCAGCAAACUUCCAUUGGCACAGGCCACUCUGAAGGUACUUUCAAGCAUGCACAGCGUUCUCGAGCGGACCAUGGAAGCCCGCAAUGCAGAGCUGGCCAAGAGAGCUCUGGAACCCACUCAAAAUGGAACUCUGAGCAAUGAGGAGCAACAAAAGCAAGACUAUCUGCGACGGACAAAGGCUGCCGAAGUUCGACUGGUCCGGAACGUGCGAUUCUUGCGAGACCCUCUUGUCCAAUUCGCGGUACAGGAAUGGCAAAAGGAAGACCUCCCCACAGGGCUGCAAUAG